CCUUUAUGCGACUAGACUUAACAUGCAUUUCGUGACAUAUAUUUUCGCUACUUUCUUCUGUGGCAUUAUUGUAUGUCAUGUUGCGGUGGAUAACAUUCCCUGCCGUAAUUAUGAGGAGAAAUGCGCAACUUUCUAUUCAGUAAAUGCCUGCUGCCCUGGGUUACUUUGUAGCUUAACGGACGCUGAAUGGGGUGUUUGCAAGUAUCCAAGUGAGGUGUCCACAACAACUCCAGCGCCUUUACAAGUGACCACAAAAAAUUCCAUCAAAGAAACGCUACCGGCAGCCCAACGAUCAACCUCAGCGAAGCCUGUGGCAACGCAUUCUAUGAAGGCGAAGAAAGCCACUGCUUCCCCAUCCACCACUGCUUCGCCACACCCGCGGUCGCACAACCUGAUGAAGGAAAGAAUGUGUCGAUUUCCCUGGAUACCAUCAACGAGGUUUGCCGCUUAUCUAAUCACGCCAAAACUUGUACGUCGUGGGCAAUGAGGCAGGGGAGAUCGGAUACUAUUGCAGAUGACCUAUGGAGAAUAAUGUCGACCUUUCUGCGGGGUUUGAACAGUUGGAGAGUGUUGAUGGCGCAGCAACGCUUCUUUUCUUUGCAACAAGGUCCGCAACAUUUCCAAUGGACCAGGGCGCCAGAUCAAAAUGGGGGCCUUUAUAUACCAAUUCGAAUAAGUGACGGCAACAGAUAUCCUGCACCUAACCGAUUUGAAAAGAGCAUUCGGCGAGCAAUUAACCAGAUCAAUCAAGCUAUUUAUGGAUGUUUCUGGUUCAAACUAGUCGGCAUAAACGCACAAGAAUACGUUCGUAUUCUCGAUAUUAAUGUUUUUCAUGCAGGGCACAUUUCGUGCUAUAAUGGAGGAGCGUUCAGCGAGAACUUUGGCUACGACCCGCAGCAGGACAACAUUAUCCGCAUAAAUGCUGAUGCCUUCACAGAAUUUGAAGACCGAGUUAUCGAUCUCAUGUUUAUGCAUGAGAUAUUACACUCCGUUUUUAACAUCAGGCACGAACACACUCGCUUAGAUCGCGACCAGUACAUCGUGCCCAAAAUUGAACACCUGAUGUGCAACAAACCUCCCUUGAGUAACGGCUACUUCGACCUUGAUCAUGAAGCUAGCAUGGAGUUUCCUUAUGAUCUGCGCUCAAUCAUGCACACGAACUGGGAUGACGUUUCAGUUGGUCGUAUGGUCAACACUGUAGAAGUACAACCCGGUAUUCCUCCGGAGUGGGGCAUCGGACCACAAAAACAGGGAUUAUCGUUUUUCGAUAUAUUAAAAAUGCGGAAAUUUUAUUCAUGCCCUGUUUAUCUGAACACCACCCAUUUCGAACAGGAAAGACAGCCGAUCUAUUUGUGGAACUGGAUGGUCCACUGCGUCCAGUACAGUCGACCUCUGCCUCUGACUUACACUCGAACGGGGGAUAUUAGAGUGGAUAAUUCCAAACUCAUCGACCAAUGUCUUGAAAUUGUCGACAGAAACCAAGGUCUCCUAGCCAACAUAGAUCUUGAUUCCCGAACGUGUUAUGUUAUUUUUCGCCUGGACAAAUGCGAGUACCGAGCCCACAGAGCUCAAAAUGUGGCCGUUAUCCGGAAAACCCACACAGUAAUGCGUACCAUUCAUGACAAGAUCAUCGGGACGCCAUCUGAUAUUGUUCCUGUGAGUACUGUGAGAGAUCCGACAUAUGGUACUGAAUGUCAAAGAUUGUGCCAAAUAAUGCCAACGGUCUGUGUUGCGGCGACUGUGCUUAAUCCCUCUACAGAUUGGCAAUCGUGCAUUUUGUACCAGUGGAUCGACAACUCCCUGAUUGAAUGGAGGGACGAACCAACUGCAAUAACUUAUGUUGCAUUUGAUUGGGCAAUCUGGAUGAGAGACGGGAUUUACGAUAGUUUUAUCAGAUCCUAAACUGAAAUCGCAGAACGGCGUUAUUACCAUACAAAAACAACCGCUUAAAAUGGUUAUUUUAUUAGUUUUGCUUUGCGCAGUAAUUAUUCCAUGUUACCGGUGAACACGUAUGCUUCGGCUAUUGCCGCUUAAUUUGUUUACUUAUAGUGCUUACACUAAUUACUGACGAAAUAAUCAACCUAUUUCGCUUUACAUUCGUACGACCCUUUUCGCAUAAACCUUAGUCUGAACACCU